AUGACCAUGGUGAACGGUAUGAGCAGCUCCACUAAUCCCGGCGGUUGCGGGCCGGGAAGCGAAAACAAAGAUCACAUCAAGCGGCCCAUGAAUGCUUUCAUGGUCUGGUCCCGCGCCCAGCGCCGUAAAAUUGCUUUGGAUAAUCCGAAGAUGCACAACUCCGAAAUUAGCAAGAGACUGGGAGCAGACUGGAAACAACUAUCCGAGAAUGAAAAGCGGCCUUUCAUCGAUGAAGCCAAGCGGCUGAGAGAGCAACACAUGCGGGAGCACCCUGACUACAAGUACCGGCCACGCAGGAAGCUCAAGACACAGGUAAAUAAUCCAGAAAAUUACCCGUUUUCUCUAUCCUACCUUCCAGAACACAUAGAUCCGCGAGCUUACAUUGCUUCUGCGACCAUGCAACACGCAGCUACUGGCUAUUCAGAAAAGCAGCAGAUGGCAGCAGCCGCCAUGCAAACUCCAUCUUUCUCUCCUUACUCCAUUGGUGCUUCGAUUUGUACACCUCUGACACUUUCCGAAUCUGCGUCCAAUUUUGCUAAGAUUAACACUGGCACUGUACAACCCCAGAAUGCUAUCUACAAAAAUGAACCCAUAGUUAGCAAUUCAACAAGGUCAGCCGCUGGUUCCAUCUAUGGGUCAACAGGAUUCUACCCACCACGACUAUCAAUUUUGAACUCUCCGAUGAACGGUGUGUCGAACAGUCAGGUUUCAGCUCCCUACGCUGAAUCAGGUUAUGUGUCAACUUAUGGCUAUGGUUUGGCAGGGUAUGCCCCAUCAAAUGAUUCGCAACGUCGAAAUCUCUCACCAUUGUUCUAG